CCCGCCGUCAAUAAAGAUGGUGGCGUCAAUAAAGAGAGCCGGGAUGGCAGCUCUCGCGAGGUGGGUGGGGAUUGCGCGGAUGGCGGCGAGAGCCGUGGAUGAGCCCGGGAGUGGCCGCCAUGGAGCACAUCGUCACCCCCAAGGUUGAAAAUGUGAAGUUACUGGAUCGCUAUGCAAAUAGGAAGUCAGCAAAUGGGACGUUAUACCUGACAGCGACCCACCUCAUCUAUGUCGAUGCUUCUGCUGAAGUCAGGAAGGAAAUAUGGAUCCUGCAUCACCACAUUGCGGCUGUAGAGAAGUUGCCCCUGACCACAGCAGGGUAUCCUCUCCUCAUCCACUGCAAGAACUUCCACGUGGCUCACUUUGUCAUUGGCCAGGAACGGGAUUGCCAUGAUGUCUAUACCUCAUUGCUCAAGCUUUCCCAGCCAGUGAAAGCUGAAGAACUUUAUGCUUUCUCUUAUAAUCCUAAAACGUCUAAAGAGAACCGGGAGAUUGGAUGGAAGUUAAUCGAUUUAAAAGUAGAUUACCAGCGCAUGGGAAUACCAAAUGACUAUUGGGAAAUAACGGAUGUCAAUAAAGACUAUGAGGUUUGCAACACGUACCCUCCAGAAAUAGUGGUGCCCAGAGCUGCGAAUAAGGCAGUGGUGAUCGGAAGUUCAAGGUUCAGAAGCAGAGGGCGGAUUCCGGUGCUUUCCUACUUAUAUAAAGAAAACAAUGCUGCCAUAUGCCGCUGUAGCCAGCCUCUCUCCGGCUUUAGCGCACGCUGUCUGGAGGACGAACAGAUGCUGCAGGCCAUCAGAGAAGCCAACCCUGGGAGCCCCUUCAUGUAUGUUGUAGACACAAGGCCAAAGUUAAAUGCCAUGGCCAACCGCGCUGCUGGGAAGGGCUAUGAGAAUGAAGAUAAUUAUGAUAAUAUUUGCUUUAAAUUUAUUGGCAUAGAAAAUAUCCAUGUGAUGCGGAACAGCCUGCAGAAACUCCUGGAAGUGUGUGAGAUGAAGUCCCCCUCAAUGAGCGAUUUCCUCACUGGGUUGGAGAACUCUGGCUGGUUACGGCACAUCAAGGCUGUGAUGGAUGCAGGUGUCUUUCUUGCCAAGGCCGUGAAAGAUGAAAAAGCCAGCGUGUUAGUGCACUGCUCGGACGGGUGGGAUCGCACGGCACAGGUCUGCUCCCUGGCCAGCCUCCUCCUGGAUCCCUUUUACAGGACUUUCAAAGGCUUCAUGGUCCUGAUAGAAAAGGAGUGGAUUGCCAUGGGCCACAAGUUCUCACACAGGUGUGGCCAUUUGAAUGGUGACCCCAAAGAAGUGUCCCCUGUCUUCACUCAGUUCAUUGAAUGCGUCUGGCAGCUCAUGCAGCAGUUCCCGUGCUCCUUUGAGUUUAAUGACCGUUUCCUUCUUGAAAUCCAUGACCAUGUCUACUCCUGCCAGUUCGGCAACUUUCUUGGAACUUGUCAUAAGGAGCGUGAGGAUCUGAAAAUCUUUGAGAAGACCCAUUCUCUGUGGCCUUUCCUCUUACAGAAGAGGCAGGAUUUGAGAAAUCCUUUGUACAGAGGAUUUACGGCUUACCAAGAUCUUCAACCAAACACACUACCUUUCAGUUUCCAGUUUUGGUGUGGGAUGUACAAUCGCUUUGACAAAGGGAUGCACCCAAAACAAUGUGUCUUGGACCGGCUGCUGAGCUGCAUGAGCCAGAAGGUGAAACUGGAGGACAAUGCAUCUGAACUGGAAAACUGUAAACCUCCCCUGGUGCGACUUGAAGCCAUUCCCUCUUGUUCUGUCACUUGUUAUUGGGGAGAAGAGCCUAGCACCCACCUCGCUUCAACCUCUUUUCUGGGACCUGCAGAGAGCGGUGAGGUUUCCCUCAGUCUCCUGUUCACCAGAAUAAACAGCCCAAAGACCCUCAGCAGCUCCUCUGUUUGUCUCAAACAGAAACUCCCUUUCCUUGACGGUCCCUUGCCUGGUGAAUCCUGCUCCUUAUCCAAAGCUGGAAGUGCUGCAAAGACCCCGAUGCUCAACACUCCUCAGGGUUAUGAAGGGGAGCCAUCUCCUGUGCUGAGCAAUGGCGCCACAGCAGGGGAUGGAGAUGUUGUGUCAGCUGUGGACCAAAAGCACAAGGAGAACAUGUCUCAACACCAGGACCUCUGCAAUCUGAAUGCCACCAUCGGCGUUUUAGACCCCAACGCUCAGGACAGAAAGGCUCAGCAUUGACCAGCUCCGAGCAGAGCAUUCGGUGAGCCAGGCACCCAUGGCAGGGGGGCAUACAGGAGCUGUGCCCCGUGAGGCUGGGGACCACCAAACCAUUUACGGCUGCGCAUGAGUCCCUGCGUGCGCAGGGAGCUGUGCUCGCUGCAGAGAGGACAGUCUGUGCUCGGUUCACAUUGUUCCGCAGUGGAAGCGAUGAAGAUGUGCACAGCACUGCCCGGACGGCUGCUGUGAGUCAGUGCAACCGCACUCCUCAGUGCAAACACACUGGGUGCAUCAGUUUUGUGACUGCAGGUACUGGUAAUUCAAGCUGAAAGAAACCCUGGCUGAUUAAUGUGAGACUUGGCAGUUGUGUAGCAUUUGUAAUGGGAGCUGGAAAGAUGCAAUCCGUUCAUUUCCAGUGGUGCUGCAAGGUCGUCUUAAAAUGAUAAUAGAUUUCAGUUUGUCUUAAAAUAAUGACAAAGCCCUUUCAGCUGUGGAUGAAUCUCUGCAUGGACCCUCACCUCGUGGCAGAAUGGAUUCAUUUGUGUUUCCUAUGCAUUUGUGUUAAACAAAGCCAACCCCGGUGCCUUUCCAUGGAGACCAUUUCGAUGUCCGUCUACCCAAUGUGCUGGUUUUACUAUCGUAGUGCACAGUGUAGUGUCUGGUCUUCUUUGUAUUUUUAAACCAGGGUUUUUAUCCGCUGCCAGCUUCUCCAGGAUCUUUGCCGAUCCCCUGAGUUCAGUCACUUCUUUCCAAGCAGACUUUUCAAAGUAGAAGCUUUUGCAGACGUCACUUACUGAUUGUGGGAGUGCAGCAAGCCCCAAAGACAGCCCGUAACAUGAGUUAUUGACUGCGGGAGAGAGAGGAAAAGGUUUAUAUGGAAUUUUUCUCUUGUUUUAUGAUCUUCGUUAAAUUGAAGCAAGAGAGGAAUUCUUUGUUCUAAGCUGGAAUCAAUGUGCUUUCCUUGCAGCCAUCAAUGAGGCAGUAAUAACGGCUGAGGUGCGUUCUGUCAUUGAUACAGGGCCUGAAAUAAUUCCUCACAUCACGUACUGAGUGGUUGUGGUGAAUGUUGUCUCGGAUGUUAAAGUGACAUGGAUCGUAGGCAUUCUGUCUGUGCUGUCAGGCCAUGGGGAGAUUGUCUCAUGGCAGUGAACUCUGUCGUAUUGUGAAGCUGGUGACUAAACGUAAACUGAGAUGUGACCCCUUAUGGACGAGACAUGGACAUCCUGGCUCGUGGCUGUGGCUCCACUUGGACUCACUCCAGGCCUCGGUACCUGCUUGGUUUCUUUGAACUGCAGUGAUCUCUGCUGGACACACCAGUUCAAAGCUGCUGAUUUAAACCAGGCACUUAUAUACCAUUUAUACAGAAGCCUUCUGAAGAAACAAGAGCUCACCUCCCCGGGAACAUGGAAGGUUGUCCCAGUGCUUGUUCUGGACGAGUUUCUGUAGAUGUGCUGAACGGCAUGGAGUCCCUUUGCACAGCUGAACUCCAAAUGCUUUCCUGCUUUCUUCUGGAUCCUGUUGUUUGAGUUGGGUCCUGCCAUGAAGUCCUAAAAUGAGUUUUUAUAAAGCUUUGAUACAAACUGAAGCUGUUUCUGACAUUGGCCCUCCCAGUCCUCAAUAAAAGGCAGAAACAUUCCAUUACAGUAUCGUAAAGCACAGCAGCCAUCCUUCAUCUGUGUGGAGCCCACCGUGAAACACCCAGGUUUGUCUCAGCAUGCAAGAAAAUGUGGAAAAGAGGAAAAAAAUAAACCUGCCUUGAGCGUCUCGCUUCGGGUAAGAAAGUCUGUGUUUGAUUAAGCAUAUUAGAAAGCCCAAAUAGAAAGGGCAACACUUGAGAACACCGGGUUUUUUCGAUGCCUACAAUGGCAAAGAGAAACUUGUUUUAAAGUUGCAGGUUUUUCAAUCUUAAAGCAAGUAAUGCUUCUAAAAAAUAAUCAUUUUCAAGGUGGUAGUGAGAGAACUGCAACGUGCGAUGGAUUUGGAAAUUAAACACACAAAAUAUUAAGUCAGAAGAUCUUGGAAAAUUGUUGUGUGGGUCUAUUUCAAAACUAUGGCGUCACACAAUGGCUGUAUAUAUGAGGGGUUUUUUGAAGGAUGCACAUUUCUGAAUGCAUGUUUUCUUAAUAACAAGAUCAGUCUCUGCUGUUGAGUCUCUGUACUCCAUAAAAGAGAUCUGCUGAGCUCCGAACGUGGAGUUAAACAGUCCACCAGCCUUUGAAGUUAGCCACCCACAUACUCCUCAACUGAAGAGAUUGCACCCCAAAGUCUUAAUCCAGCUGCUCUUGGUACCCAGGGUUUGGACUCUGCUGUGGAUUCCCACUGGAGGGUGCAGGGGAGAUGGUUUCACUUUGCCUCUGUAGUAUGGAAGUUCAGAUUCCUGUGUGCACUCUGCAGCUCAGAGCCUGUUCCAUACGGAGCAAGAGAUCAACCUGGUGUGUCCUGUUUCAUACGGACUGAGAGAUCACCCCUGUGUCCCUCCUGGGUGGUGGGAGAGUCAGUCUGCGUGGACAGAGCUCUGAAAUGGUGGAGAGGACCAGGACAUCCACUUUAUGGGACCAGUUAUUCCUGAUGCCAUCAGUUCUUUUAAUGUGUUCUCUAUUAGAGAUGCAGAACUAUAGGAAGUUUUGGCUGCCUGCUGAAAGAUUUAGCCACGCCGCUGGUUAAUCACAGUAUAAAAUCAUGUUGCGAGUGUUUCUGUGUUUACAGAUUUUGGAUUGCCAUGGACUACCCUGAAAGGAGUGUGGUAACCUCUGCUUAUCCCUUAAGCGUGAUGCUGAUGUCUCCACAGACCCUUCUCGACUACAAUAUUCCUACAGUUACGCAGAACUGUGAGCAGAUCCCGUCCCACACUGAAAGGAUCAGUGAGCUGGUGGUAACCCUUGCCACUUCGGACGUCAGGAACAAACCAGCGGGUGACCCCGUGCUCUGAAAUGCAAACCGAGCCAAAACGAAAAGGGAAGUGGCCUGUACCUUUUAAAUCUAUUGAAUUUAACAUGCACAGACUAGUCAAAGCCUAAAACACAUUAAAAAUCAUCAUGGUGGUGCUGUGAAUUUUUGGACCUGGCAAAGAUUCCAGGGUUUUCUGGCUUUCCAUGAGAUGAUUUGUUUGGAAACUGCUCAGCAAGAAGCUUGUUAAUUCUGAUGGGAACUCAGGGUGUUGGAAGACCAAAAAUGCGAAGCUGUUGAGAGCAGCGCAGCACGUCCUCAUCUCUCUGAGCAGCUGGGAUUGCCAGGGCCUUGCUGAGCCUGUGGUCUCUCUGUACAGAGAGGAACUAGAUUCCAUGUUCCCUCGAGGUGUUAAAGGAAACCUAAAAGCUGUAAGAUAGGAGCCUGCUGGUGCGAGCACUGUGUGGGUGAGCAGUGAUUGAUUCCUCGUGGAGCAUCCUUGCCUUGUGAAGUCAUGAAUGCUUUUUCUUACUUGGAGCUGUGAAGGGAACAAUGCAACUUGCUGCUUUCCAUUAGGAUUCCUCCAACUCUGAGAACUGGGAGGGAGGAGGUAUCCAGUUUGCUGCAGAUGGGCUCUGUUUGCGUGAAGCUUUUCCUUGCUUUAUCCAGAUAUUCCACGGCGGCACGGUUUCCUGCCUCUACCUGUUGUCUCGCUGCAGACAGGCAGAGCAUUGCUGGGGACAAGUACCUGCUGUGUUCUGCAGCAGAGCUGCUGCUUUGAAGAGAAGAGGGACUUGUGUAGCUUUAUUUCUUGACUGAAACAUCUUAAUGUGAACUUCUCAGUGCUGGGUUCUGAAAUUGUAUUUUGUUUUGCAGUUGUUGCUUGUGGUAGAGAAAAUCCAUUUGGUGCUGUUGGCUUUAAGGGAAAAAAGGGAGUGAUUGGUUUGCCUGUAGAUGUGGCUCUCGGUUGACUGUCUUUCAUGAGAAAGAAAAAGGAGUUUGUUAAAUCCUGAAGGCAUAAACCACACCUAGUUUCAUCUUCAGUUCCUGCCCCUAAGGAAUGCCUUUCAUUUAAGGGCUUCGAAGGAAAACCCUGGUUCCGUGGGUGCUCACAGGUCUGUAAAGCUGCCCAGACUGGGCUGGAGGGGGAAACGUUGCUUUAGAAAGCUUCUGCAGCCCCAGUGAGAGAGCUGCUGGGAGCUAAAGGUGUGCAGAGCUUUGCAGGGUCUCUACCAUGACCUGGGCCGUGUUGGGCUGCAGAUAGAAGUCUCUGUGUUGGUGGGGUGCCCUACACCUGUUCUUUCAGUAGGGUUUGGAGAUGGUGAGCCCUCAUGGGUGCUCAGGAGGCACCCUGCCAUCAGCAAAGCUGUAGCAUCUGCAGGCAAAGCCUUCAGAAGAACUUCUAUGUCAGACCUGCCUCAGUUUCCUUGCUGGCAGGACUGGUCUCCAGGUAGAGUCCAUGCCUGGGAGUUGUUUCUCCAAAGGGAUCUUUUCCUGGCACUACUUAGUGAUGGAUAUUCAGAGUGACCAGGAGAAUUCACGAUAUCUUUGCUGUUCCACUCUCCUCUCCUUCCCCACUGCUUCGCCUUGAGCGCUGGGCUCAUUUUUGUAGGACCUACCAGAGUUAUUCCUUGUUAACAAACCGUCCCUCUGCACACACGGGCACUGCCCACAUUCCGGGGUGGAGUCUCUUCUGACUGUAGGGGUUUUGUUUUAAUCGAUGCACAGAACUUGAUUAAUCGGUUGAGGAAUGUCUGGAACCUGGUGAUGUUUUCAUAAGCAUCGUUAGCACUAAGAGGAGCAAGGUCAGUGCCAGUCGCCGUUGGUGUCAUUUGUUCGGGCAGGUGUCCAACGAACAUCCUUUGUGUCCAACGCUGCAUCCUUUUGGCAUCUCUGACUGAUGGAAGCAUUGCAAGGAGGGAAGGCUCACCUGGCUGAUGUGAUGUCUUCUCGUAUCGUGUGUGUGUAUGUGUGUCUGUAUUUUAAUGUAGCAGCAACUACUGGAAUAACAUGUAGCACUGGAUCCCGUCCUCUGUAACCAAGUGCAUUCUCCUGUCUGCUCCCUGUAGGAACAUUCCUAACCUUGUGUGCGCUACCUGAUUGGAAAACGUCAUGUCUUUGUUUCUGUCAGUUGCUGUGUUUGUCCAUGUGACCACAGAGGGACCAUUGUGUAAAGCUGUGGGAGAUGAAAUCCUGUGUUCCAGAAUGUGCUAUGACGCACACAUCGUCUUGGUUAAUGCCCUGCUGCAAACAAACUGUUCCACGUGGAGAGAGCACUGUGUCUUUAUUCUCCAAAUGUGUUUGUCCCAUGGAGUUUCACUUGUGUUACACUUGAUUUUUAUUCACGACAAAAAUAAAUACCGACCUU